AUGGGGGGAAAACAACAGCCAAUAAUACACCAACAACCUACAUGAAUGAAUAAAAAUGUAUAUACGUUAAUUGGUCUUAUUGUUUUUGUACAUAUUCAUGUUUCAGCAGUUAUUUGUUUUAUGAAUUCAUUAGUCUAUAUAAGUAUGUUGUUAUUAUGAUCAUAUAAUACAUUAAUAAAUGGCUGUGCUCAAAGUACCAAAUCUUAUUUGGAAAUAAACGCUUUAAAAAUAAUAAGACAUGUUGUGUUUUUACGUGAAGUAAUUAUGGUUUUAGAGAAAACAAACUUUCUUUCUUUCAGACUUCAAAACAUUUAAACCAGCAGAAUGAAGAGAUGAACUUUAUUCCGAAGGCCACCAUUUCACCGGAAGACUUCUAUUUUGUGUUGUCGUGAUUUCCGCUGUGACGGAGCGGCAGUUUCUGCGGAAGUUGUUUCGUCCUGCAGCAGCAGCAGUAGAAGAAGAAGCAGCAGCAGCAGCAGCAGCAGAAGAAGAAGAAGAAGAAGAAGAGGCUUCUCCUGCGUCUCCUCUGCCCGCCGGACCCUCCGCGCUCUCCGCCGCCAGCAGCAGCUCCUCCGCGGGCCUCCGUCUCACGGGCGAUGGCGAGGCUGAGCCACAGCGAUCAUGUCCUCCAGCAGCUCAACAACCAGCGGGAGUGGGGAUUCCUGUGCGACUGCCUGAUCGCCAUCGGUGACAUCUACUUCAGGGCGCACAAGGCCGUCCUCGCGGCCUGCAGCUCCUACUUCAGGAUGAUGUUUAUCCGCGACCAGCAGGGGGCGGGGCGGCUGGACCUCAGCAACAUGCAGAUCAGCGCCGAGUGCUUCGACCUCAUCCUGCAGCUCAUGUACCUCGGACGCAUCGUCGUGGGGAGCUACGAGUUCGAUGAGCUUAAGGCCUCUAUGGCGUACCUGCAGAUGUACUACAUCCCCGACUCACUGGAGGAUCUCAGGGACAUCAGGAGCUCCAAUCUUACGCCGUCCUCUUCGGCCUCCUCGUCCUCCUCAUCCAGCUCCUCCACUGGUCCCGCCGGCGGGAAAAUGAUGUUUGGAGUGCGCAUGUACGAGCAGCAGAGGCCUGCUGCACCAGAAGCAGAGCGUUUACCAAAAACUGUCAGCAGCACCGCCGGACGUCCAGCUGUUCCUGCGACCACCAGCAGGCCAGUGGUGGCGGAGGAGGUGGUGGUGAACACCCCUCUGAUUGUGGCGCCGCCAGUCGUGGACGGAGUAGUCGACCAGCCGUGUGACUUGAGAAAGAGAUCCGGCGGGAGGAGUUCGACUCUUAAAGACCGUCCUCGAUUCGGCCGCACCUACACCUGCGACGACUGCGGCUUCGUCUUCAGUUGUGAGAAGCUUUUGAUUGAACACAUCCUGACCUGCACCAACCGGAAGGCCUAUCACCCGCAGAGAAGUAACAUCGAAGGCGACAACGACUCCAGUAAGGCCGAGAGCUCCGCCUCUGAGAGCACGGAGGAACACAGGGUCAUCUGUAAAGGCGAGGAGGACUGGCCCGAAGCCAAGGCGGACUCUGACCCCACCAUGAGGUCAUCGGCAGCAGGAACAGAUGGCGGGCCCGGGUCCACCAGAAGCAUCUCCAUCAAAACAGAACCAGAAGAAAGUGUGUUCCCUGAGAUAGAGGUGGUCCGAGUCGGUGAGCACGCCAGCAGAGACUGUAGCACACGAUUCAGUGACGCCACACGAAAAGACUUGCUGAGGGAGAAGACGGGAUCGGACCGCGAGCCAGAGCCUGGCGUCUCAGGUUUAGAGAACAACAGUGAGCCUUUCGAGGGUCACAUGUCCAGCAGCGAUGAUUCAGGAAUCCCAGCGAAGCUCCGGAAGGUCAAAGACGAGAAGCCAGACACCGACUGUUCCCCCUGUGAACUGUGUGGUGCUUUGUUAACGGAGGAGGACAAGUCUGCUCACUACCUGUCCAAUCACAUGGGCCAUAUUUGUGCCUGUGGGAGGUGCGGCCAAGUGCUGAUCAAAGGUCGGCAGCUUCAGGAGCACGCGGAGCGCUGCGGCGAAUCCCACGGCGGCGAGUCAGACUCCCACGGGGAGGACGAGGUGUCGCUGCUGGAGGAGCCACAGGGGAUGGAGGAGGGCCUGCUGGAGGCGGCCGACCUGGCCUGCCCUCACUGCGGUCUGCUGUUCCAGAACGAGAGCCUGGCGUUGGAGCACGCUUUGGCCUGUCAUGACCCGGAGCUGUUUCGCCCUGUGCUGCUGGAGGAAGGCAGCGAACCGGAUCACCGCCGCAAGCACUUCUGCAGCAUCUGCGGCAAAGGCUUCUACCAGCGCUGCCACCUGCGGGAGCACUACACCGUCCAUACCAAGGAGAAGCAGUUCACCUGCCAGACCUGCGGGAAGCAGUUCCUGCGGGAGCGCCAGCUGCGGCUGCACACUGACAUGCACAAAGGCAUGGCGCGGUACGUAUGCCCAGUCUGCGACCAGGGAACCUUCCUCAAACACGACCACGUCCGACACAUGAUCUCCCACCUGUCGGCCGGGGAAACCAUCUGCCAGGUGUGCUUCCAGAUCUUCCCUGGGGGAGAACAGCUGGAGAAACACAUGGACGUCCACCUGUACAUCUGCGGCGUCUGUGGAGAGAAGUUCCGCCUCCGCAAAGACAUGAGGAGCCACUAUAACUCCAAGCACACCAAGAGACUAUAGGAACGAUCCAAACCGUCCUCUGCAUUUAUACUAGUUUGUUACUAAAAAAAAGCCAUAAAUGUGAGAACAAAUGUAUGCACUUGAACACCAAAAAGACAACUUUUUGAACUGCACUUUUAAAGUUUAUGCAUAACCUAAACAGGCGUUCACACUGCGAGCAGCGGGGCUGAUGAUUGGUUACUCUGUUAUGACUCAUCGUGGGUGGGUCCUCCGAUGACAUUGAGUUAACACAGCUCAAAACAUGCAUCACGUUUCACAGCUUUCAAUCAGGAUUUGAUGAGACGUUUCCUUCCUGUCGGUCGUCAGAUAAAAGCUGGAAUCAACUUCAGUUGAUGAAACAAUCAAGUGUAGUAGCCACCCGUCACAGCUAACCAGCUAAAUAGCUAACUAAGAUGAUGAUUAGUACUUUGAAUAUUUAUAAAGGAACUGGGAUUUUAUAAACAUGAUAUUUACAUUUCAUGUUAUUUGGGACAUCAAACAUUAACAGUUAUCCAUCUUUAUUUUCCAGAGUCUGAAGUGAUUCUUUAGAUUGUUGCCUAACUAUCCAAAAACCAAAAGAAAUCAAAUUUACUCUGACAUGAAACAAGACAACGAGCAGAUCCAGAACCAGUUUCCGAAUUGUUAAUAAUAAAUAUUCUGUUACAUAAUCUGUUAAUUGAUAAAUCGUUUCAGCGCUAGAAUGUACCAAAGUCAACUUGGCAGGUGGAGAAAACCUGACUUAUGAUCAGAUGAAACAGCACUGGACCUUAAUGUUUUUUCUGGUGUUUUUCUCGACUUGCCUGCAGCCCUCAGGUCAACCGGCCUGUCGAGAAAAUUCCCAGCAUGCCCCUCUACGUGGCUGGUUUGCGAUUGUGUUGCUCGCACUGUGAACGCACGGUGAGACCGGCAGAGAACUCCAAAAGAAAGCGACAGUGGCGUGUCAUCAGAGUGCUGUUGGAAACGACGCUGCAGGAAAACAACCAAACUCUCGCUGUGACUCCAGAUCAUUUAAAGACGUCCACACUAUACUGUAACUGGAGUGGUGAAUGGAGGUGGUUGAAAAUGAGGUUAAAAUCAACAGCGGUGCUUCUAUUUGCUCCAAACAACGCAACAGUUUUAUCUGUGAGAAGACGCCCAGUUCAGUUUUGUUUUUUUGUGUUUUUUUUUUUUGGAGUGAACUGCCUGUCGAAGUGUCUGUCAGCGUUUCAGAGGGCUGCGGUGCCUCAAGCUUUGGGUCGACGUUUUCUAGCUUUGAUGUCAACUUAUUUCUCAGAAUACUAAAGUCUCUGAAGACGAAACAUGUUUUUAAUGUUGUAGUUAGUGAGCACAGUUGGUGGAGUAAGACUGAGUCCUGUUUUCUGAUUCUUUUGUUUUACAAGUUUGAUAGCACACUGAUUCAUACUCUUCUUCCCUUCUUCAGUUAUUGUGCGGCUUUACAUUCACCGUGUCAUGAUGACACGACACUCGCUGUCCAAAAUGCUCUGUGAUUGGUGCCUUUACUGUAACGGUGGUGCGUCUCAGUCUUUUCCUUCCCGUCCUCUUCACAGUGAUGCAUAAUGGGGAAUGGACAGACAAUUAAUGAACUCUGUUCCACAGAUUAUAAGAAAAUCCUGCAACAAAACACUAGAAACGGUCCGUCCGUUGGAACCAGCUCUGCACCAUCGUGCUGAACUGGACUGUGCUGUUUUUAAUUUUCUGUUAGACUUUGACUUCCUCUAAUGCCUUAUGAGUCAUAUAAAGAUGUUUUCAGUGUAGUCGAGCUCCUGUCAUUAAGGCUGUAACUUAAUAUAAAACCACACCACGUGUUCACAACUGACCCAAACCAGUUUCUAACCAACCAAACCAUUAAAAAAAACCCGUCCCAAACCUGUUACAACUCAAACCAUUUUAGAAUCAGCCUGAACCAGUUCCGAACCGACCCCAACUAUCAUGAAGUUUAGAACAACCGCAAACGUUUUCAGAUCCAGUCUAAACCAGUUUGAAACCAGCAAAAAUCACAACAAACCCAACUACAAUGUCCUCAGAACCAGUUCCAAAGCAACACUUACCCAUUCAGAGCCAACCUAACCAGUUCAGAAUAACUAACAAACUGGUUACAAAGUUAACUUCUAGUUCUGGACAAAACCGAGUGACCCUUUACUAGUUGACCAUUGCAAACUCAACCAGCAGAAAAAAAGUUCUGAACCAAACUAAACCAGUUCAGACUCAUCUAAAAACCAGUUCAGAUACUGCCGAAACCAGUUCCAAAUGGAUGCAAACAAGACCUGACUCAAUUCCAGACCCACCCAAAUAAAACCAGUCAAGACUAAACCCUAACUAGUUAGAAGGCAGAUUCAAGUGGAACCAGUUCUGGACCAACUCAGACCAGUUCAGAUAUGGUGAAUUUCAAAACUGAAUCAAGUGUAAAACCACAACAAUCAUUUAAGAUCCAUCACUAAACUGGUUAAAAAUCAACCUCAAUUAGUUCUGAACAAAACUAGUUUUGAAUGAACAAGUUGGAAAACAAAUGCAAGCCAGUUCAGAACCAGCUGAAACCAUUUGAGAACUGACCCAAACCAGUUCAGAGCCAACUCAGAUCCAGCAUUAACCAUUUUGGAACCAACUUUACCAGUCUGCAGCCAGUCUAAACCAGUUUCAAACAAACCCGGAUAUUUCAGAACCAAUGUAAACUGUCUUAAAAUCAGUUCGGACCCAACUCAAAGCACUUCACAUUCAACCCAAACUACUUCCAACCAGAUCAGAUCAGCCUUAGUUCCCAGCUGACCCAAACAAAUUUAGAACUCAAACGUUACUGAUCCACUUGAAACUGUUAUCAGGUCAGAAAAAACACUUCAGACUGAACAUAAACUAGUUGGAAGACAAAUGCAAACCAGUUCUGAACCAGCUGAAACUCUCAACAAACCCAAACUAGUUUGAAAUCACUAGAAACUAGUUCAGAUCCAACUCCAGUCACAUCAGAACAACCUUAACUGGCCCAAAUUCAGAAAUAACCAGUUCAGGAUCAACUUCACCAGUCAGACGGUUGAAUUUCAGUUGAAGUUUUUAUAAUUACAGACUCAUAAAAACGCCUCAAAGGAGACAAGACGUCACUUCAUGUGACCGUAAAUGUUGCCUCGCUUGCUUUCGUCCAGGAUUAUUCAGACAAUCAGUUUUUAAUGAUGUUUCUCUAUGUUUGGAUUCACACUCAAAGUUUAUUUUAAUUAAUGUGGAGACAAACUGACUUUAUUCAUGAGGCAGAAUGCGUCUCUGACCUCCAAAAGUCAACUUCUUGUUUACUGUAAACUUACAUGUGGGUUUGAUGCAUGUUUAACAGAACCUGGGACAAACUUCAUCCAGUUCAAAAUCAAACUAAAUCAGUUUAAAACUGGAUUGUGGGACUUUUGUCUCCCCAUCCUGGCAGUGAGAGCAAAGGCGUGCAGCAGCUCUCAUGGGCACCCUGAAUAACGGGCACACAGAGGGCCGGUAAACACAGAGAUGGUUUGAUGGUCCACCGACCUACCAGGAUUUGUCCCAGUAUGCCCUGUGGCUAGUACACACUGGCUGUAACCUGCUGUUGCGGCUGUAAAACGGUGGAUACAUUGUUUUGAGUGUCACACAACCCCCAUAAACUGAUCAGAAUUUGAUCCA